UCGGUCGACUCCCUCGCAGAACGACACUGACUUGACUUAAAAGGGUCUAGUCGCGAAGUCUGCGUUGGUCGGCGACUGAGGAUCAAAGCAGUACCCUUGUUCAGUGCGUUCUUCUCCGCAAUCCAGAAAUUCUUUUCUGCAAUCCAGAUAUUUCAUAAGGAACAACUGACCUAUACGUGAGCACCUGGACUUGGCUGGACAGACGACGGAGCGCGAUUGGUGGAAUUGACGUGAGACGAGCAGAUGCAAUUUGCAGACAUCCAUUUAGGAAUUUGUCUAGAAUACUGAUCUAAGGUCCAGAGCCCUAGAGCACUGGGUGCUUCACUUUGAAGCGCUUCAAGUGAAACAGAGGCUGUAAUGAGGACAAGGUGGAUCCUGUUCUUUCUGCUCGUCGUUCCUGUAUGGCAAGCCUGGAAGUGUUGGCCCUUUCUGACGCUGUGUGCCACCUAUUUCGGCUCGACGUGCCUCGUGUUGCUAGCGAGUUUCUGGCUGGCGCAAUUGAUCUGGUGCAACGUCUUCAUGAAGCUAGUCGAAGGUCAUGGCAAGGCUGUCCUUGUAACAGGAUGCGACACAGGCUUCGGAAACUUGCUGGCCAAGCGACUGGCCAGAGAAAAGUUCUUCGUGUAUGCCGGCUGCCUGAACGCCUGUGGAGAAGGUGCUAGAGAACUGUCUACAAGUUCGAACAUUCGGGUCCUACAAAUGGAUGUAACCAAAGAAGACGAAAUGGAGGAAGCACUCACCACAGUGAAGAAGACUCUUGAGUCUAGAGUCCUUUGGGCUGUUGUUGCCAACGCAGGCGUGCCCAGUCACGGACUGCUCGAAUGGGAGAGCAUGCAAUCGAUCCGAAAGGUCUUCGAAGUCAACGUGUUUGGCGUGGUCAAAGUGUCGAAGAUCUUCCUACCACUGCUAAGGAGGUCCAAAGGCCGCAUGAUUGUCGUCGGCAGCGUUUUGGGUCGAGGUACGGUUCCAGCUGGUGUGUCGUACUGUAUGAGCAAGCACGCUGUCAUCUCACUGGCAGAUGGACUGCGUCGAGAGUGUCUUGGCAAAGGAGUUGACGUCUGCACCGUUGAACCAACUGCUUACAGGACACAGAUAGUGGCCGACGUGGGAUCCUUGAAGAUGAUCCAGGAUGACCUCAACCGACUACCCCGCGAGGUGUUGGACGACUACAGUGAACGUGAGAUCCUGGACUGGAUGAAGACUGCAGAGGCCCUGUUCAAGUGGAUGGCACGAGAGGAUCCCAACGAAGUAGUCGAGCAAAUGGUGCGAGCCGUCAGGGAGUCCGAGCCAAGGCCGUACUACGCUGCCUGGGGUCCGUUCGAUCCCGCUCUCUACUUCGUGCUUCGGGAAGCGCCCGCUGAGUUUGUGGACACCCUGAGUUUGGCUGUGCGCAAGAUUAGCGGAUGGAGUAAACAGCUUUAGGUAUGCCUUGAACUGCUCGCGAUUACUGUCGGCGUUUCGCGCGUUCUGUAUGACACUCGUCAUUCCAGGCCUUCGACCCGCAGUGGUGAUCUAGUGGUUAUGGCCAUCAACAGAUGGUCGAAGAAUCGAAUAUCGACCGCCGCAGCCGCAUUGCUAUAGAUACCACAUGUUGAUGCCCGUGCUUGCAUUUAGACAUUCCUUGAAGAACCCUACAUGGUUGAAAUUUUCGUAACUCUUCACUAUGGCGUCGCUCAUAAUCGUAUUGUGCUUUUGCGACGUAAAAUAUCAACAACUAGCAUUGUCUUAAGAAUCUUCAGAGCGCGAACUAAGACAGAGACAAAAGAGGCAGAGAAUGACACCACCUCGUAUUCUAGAACCUCUUUCGUCAUAUUGGUGGGACUGAUUCAAUGCUUAAUAUAGACAGAUGGAAGCUGGAACGCUGGCCACUGUGGCAUUUCCUUGGCUUGAGAGCAUUUAUUUGAUGUUCCUGGUAGUCUUUACAAGAGUUUUACAUGUCCUCGUCUCAUGUCAACUUCAGCUUGAGUGGAAAGUUGACCUCGGCUCGAAAUUGAACAAGAAGGUAACAUACACUACCGCGUGCCCCAUAGCUCGAGGCACAUGGGCUGCUCGUCACAUUUUCAUUGCAAUAUUCGCAUGGCU